ACGCGCGUAACGCUUCAAUAUGGCCGACAGUGAAGUUACGGUACGGUCACGAUUUCUUGUAGCCGUGAUAUUUUUAAAAGGUAAUAUUCGCACAGUUUAAAAAUAGUAAUUCGCAACAAUGAAUAUGUCCGUCGAGAAGAAGAAAUACCCAUCGGCGUUGCCGAUCAAUUGGCCCGCGAGGGAGGAACCGUCGAGGAAGAGCCAAAAUCAAUUAGCAUCCACGGGCAAAGUUGAUUAUUAUUACAACCGCAGUGUUAGGAACGACGCGUCGUUGGUGCCACCGAUAAGGCAAACGGCGUCGAUUUUUAAACAACCGGUAACUAUUUACAAGACGCAAGAGGGGAAAGUGAAAGACAUCAAACACGGCACUCAGGAGAAGCCAAAGCAGGAAGGAGCCGAUAAAACUGACGGCAAAUAUGGCUCCCAAGAUAAGCCUAAACAGCUUUUCUGGGAAAAACGUUUGGAAGGUCUACGAGCUUGUGAUUCUGACGGUUAUGAAUUUGAUGCAAUGGAUCUGCCAAAGAAUUUAAAACCAGUAGGACCAUAUAUCACAGAAGAGACAUUGCUCCAAAGCGUGGCUACUGCAUUGCACGUAUCUACUCAACCAGUAACAGGACAAACGGGAUCAAAGACGAAUUUAGAAAAGAAUCCUGGAGUAUUUCUCAAUCCAGAUCAGCCACUUGUACAGGCGGUCUCAAUAGCGGAUGAGGAUAUAAGGAGGCAAGAAGACCGAGUGAUUGCUGCGAGAAAAAAAUUACAAGAGGCUCUACGUGCUCUUCAAACCUAAAUUUAUAGAGACUUUAUGCAUAUUAUCACUUGCUCAUCUUUUAGUGUUAAGUUCGUUAUAAAUUAUACAUCAUACCACUUUUGUAAUAAAUGUUUUUAUAAAAAAAGAAUUGAAAAAUGGAAAUCUAAUUUAGAUGGAAGAAUUUGAUCGAAUAUUUAAGUAUCAUAAUGAUUAUCUCGAAAUGUAUCGUAACAAGAUCUCUCGAAAUGAUAUAAAAUUGGCAACAACAGACUCGA